AGAUUAGACAAGAGUACAUAACAACACUGCCAGGUUCAGGAGGUAGGCGGUGACCAGUGUCGUGGCCAUAUCUUGUUAUUUCCGGAGCUGUAGUGUGUGUUACUAGCCAGAAUGGAGGAGGUGGACAAAAUCCUGAUUCUCACCUUGAAUCAUCUCGGAUGUGACAUUGAUGAGGAAAUGAAAACAGUAGGAAGCUUUGGAAUUGAGAAGGUGGUGGGAGGUGUGGUAAGGUGCCUCCAUGCCAUCUGCAGUGACUGUGACUUACCCACCUCCCUGCCGCAGAACAUGGCGCAACGCUUUAGGGCAGCUGCUGCCAUUGCUCAGGCUGUAAAGGAUACUGGAUACCCUGGGGAUAUUGGCUACCAGUCUCUCCUGUAUCCAAGUGAAGCUGACCUUCGUAGGAUAUUUAUGUUCUUGAUAGAAAAACUGCCCAGGGACUCUUCUCCAGUGUCUGAUGAACCGAUCAACAAAGCAACUCUGAUUCACUGUGAGGCCAAAAAAAAAGUGAGUGAGGCCCUCUCCCAGCCCUGGAUACCCCCCCACUGUCGCCACAUAGUACGCAAGAACUCCUCCCAUGCCUCUCUCACCAAGUACGGCACUGCACACACACAGGGGUUCACAUCCAAGCCAUUCAGAGGCUAUGAGGACCCAUCACAAACUCAGCACAGGUUGGUGGAAGGCACUGAUUAUCAGAUAAAAUGUUCAAGGUGUAGCUUCAUUGUAAUUUUGACAGAGAUGAAGAAUUACUAUGGAAACCACCUGAGGAGAGUGACCAUGUUAGUGGGUUACAACUGUCUGCUGGCAACACUGCUCAAUACACAUGCUGCUCAGCUGGAGGGAGAGAAAUUCAUCCCAUCUGGUAAUAAUAUUAAGAAUAACAAUGAGAAGGUGAACCUGGAACCUCUAAUGAGUGAGAGAAAUGUACCCGAGGCAGUUCACUCAACACCUCCUGCUGAUCUUGACUGUCUUAUCCAUUCAGGCAACCAGCAUCAAGAGUGGGGCACAGAUUUUAAGAGAUUAAAAAGGUGCCUCCAAGGAGUUGACUGGCAACAGACACAGGGGGAGGAAAGUGACACAACAUCCAUGGAGGGGAAAACCACUGAUCAGAAGGCAGCAGCAAGUAGUGAGGAGGAUGCAGCCAGGAGUCGAGAGGAACGCCUGGCCAGCCUGGAAGAAGAGGUGGCCAAUAUCAAGAAUAAGAUCAAUGAGUGCACACAAGGAAUGGAGGAUGCUCAGGACACUUUAGCAAAGCUGACUGAUGAAAUAGCACAGGAGGAGGAGCUGACCAAAGAGAAGAGUAAAGAUGCCAAAACAAUGCAGCGGACAUCUUCCCUUCUGCCUGAGUCAGAUACCAACAUCCAGAAAUUGAAGGCUGCAUUAAAGAACAGUGAGGAGAAAAUGGGUCGCCUCCAGCAGCAGUGGAAUGCCCACAGGGAACCUCUAAGUGAACAGCUGGCUUGCCUCACCCUGGAGAUGGAAGACAAGAAGAAAAACAAAGAGAAAAUCUUAGAGAACAUUGGUUCACUGAGGGACAAGAUGAAGGCCAUGGUGCAGGAGGCCUCUAGGAAGGAGUCUGCAGAGGCUCAGCUUAAAGAACAAGUGGAAAAAAUCACUAAAGAUGUCAACAGAUCUGUGUACACCAAGAGAAUAAUAGACAUAAGUGCAAAAGUUCGGAAACAGAAGCAAGAGAUUGACCGAGUGCUUGCAGACACCAGGACCAUACAAAAGGAAAUAAAUAUCCUCUCAGGGAAACUUGAGAGAACCUUCACAGUAGUUGAGGGGACAGCAUACAAGGAAGCUGCAAACAAUGAGCGAGUGCGCCAAGUGUACCGAGCAGUGGCAGCUGUGCAUGAGGGGUGUGGGGAGCUGGUGGACAUUGUGAGGGAGACCGGGGCAACGCAGAGGGAAAUAUCUGACCUCAGGGAACAGGUUGACUUAGAGAAAACCAAGAAUGUUGAAGAGAAGCUGGAGCAGCUGAGGGUGGAUCUGAAUCAAGUGAAGAAAGAAAAUGCUAGUCUAAAGAAACAAAUUGUGUAGGAGGUAAUGAUGGGAGUAUGAGUUGAUCUAAUCAUCACUGACUGUAGCAUCAUAAUAACUUCCAAACUGUAGUUUUCAUUCCAGUUUUUAAUUCCAUAUUUCAUUCACUGCCAUAUUUUAUAUCAUUUACAGGCCAUAGUAGUUACAGUAGUUUGUCAUCCAUCUCUGUAAAUCAUCCAGUAUUUUAACCUUAAGAUUUUCCAUUAAGCUUGUUAAAAAAAGAAAUAUUGCACCAACAUUCUUCUUCUGCUAGAUAUUAAAUGGAUAAUGGAUAUUUUUUAGCUAGUUGACUGACUGCCAAUGCUGUCUUGCUAAAUUUCAAGAGGCCCAAAAAAGGGAGGAAGACAUUAAACAUAAUGCAGUUGAUUUUUUUUUUUUGUCAGAUGAAAUUAUUUGGUCUGUAAAUUAUAUAGGAACUAUUUAAUUUUGCAUUUCAGUGAUACAUAAAAAGUGCUUUAUGUUAAACUUAGUUGCCUUAGAAAGUGUAGUUGUGAUGACUGGGUGAUUUACAUUUGAUUCAAGUGAUUACUUCUCACACGCUGUAGUAGACUCAUUUUUCCAACUCCCAAAAAUCCCUAGUAGAAAAUUAAUCUUCACUUCACUUCAGGAUAGUGACAGGUAAAGUUAGAAGCUGACCUAGGAUGAUUCCCCUAUCUUGAUUAUUAGUAAUUGCAAGAAUUUUAACAUGUUUCAAAUGCUCAGUUGCUAUAUUACUGUUGAUAUAUUGUUGAAAAUAUAAUUAGUAUAAGUGUAUAUAUUGUAAUUUGGUGAAUGAGUGCAUUGUGGUGCAGCAUCUGUGAUACAUAGGACCAGUGGUGAAUGUUAAGGGCAGGGCUGGCUAGGAUCUGCCAUCUCAGGUACUUGCAGUGCUGACUCCUUUGGUCCAUGUGGGGACCUAUUGGAACUGAUACAGUGACCAGAUUUGUCUGAUUGUAGUGAUUUGUAGCAAGAUCUGGAACUGGAACACAACAGGCUGAUGAAAUCCUGUAUGGUGGGGAACAUGCCAGACAUGAACUCCAAGUGCUGGUUGACUCCAGAUACUGGUCAUGUUUUGUGCUUGCAUAAAGCUAUUCCAGGAAUACAUCUAUUUUUGUAAUUGUUUUUUAGUAAUAUGCAUACAUAUGUAUAUGUUAUUGUUUUUCAUUAUAUGAGAAAAAUAAGAGGAUAUUCAUCAAUAUUUGCAUUGUGGAUACUCAUUGAAAUGCCAGCUAAUCAAGUGAAAAUGACUAAGAGGUAAUUCAGUAAAAUAAAGUCUGUCUCUAA